AUGUUAUUCUAUCAGGUUGGAGACUUUGGUCUAGCGAGAUGGCAGCCUGAUGGGGAACUUGGUGUAGAGACACGAGUGAUUGGAACAUUCGGCUAUUUAGCUCCAGAGUAUGCUGAAAGCGGACAGAUCACAGAGAAAGCGGAUGUCUACUCGUUUGGGGUUGUUCUAGCUGAGCUAGUCACUGGACGCAAAGCCAUUGAUAUCACCAGGCCUAAAGGCCAGCAAUGCCUCACUGAAUGGGCGCGUCCGCUACUUGAAGACUAUGCGGUGGAUGAACUAAUCGAUCCGAGGCUUGGGGACCGUUUUGUAGAAAGUGAGGUUAUUUGUAUGCUUCAUGCAGCUUCUUUGUGUAUACGUAGAGACCCGCAUUUGAGGCCACGCAUGUCUCAGGUGUUGCGUAUACUGGAAGGAGAUAUGAUAGUGGAUGGGAACUACGGUUCAACUCCAGGCUCAGACGCAGGCAACAGAAGUGGGAGGUUCUGGGCGGAACAUUACAGCGGCCAGCUAACGAAAGAUGGGUAUGGGUCGGGUAGGUUCAGUGAAAGGAUGUCUGUUGAAACGCCAAGACUAGCUUUACGUGAGAGGGAAAGAGGUCAGAGGUUGGAACUAAACCACAACAAGCAAUAAGAGAGCUAUCUGAGUAAAAUCACAUAACUGUGUCUUAAGAAAAGUUUAGUAAUGUGUUCCAAAGCUGGCAAGAAAGCUUUUCUGACCCUUUUUGUUUGUAUAGUGAGCAAGAUGCAAAAGAAAAGUUGCUAUAUGUCUUAUCAAGGAGUUUGAAUUUUUUUU